AUGGCCUUCAACUUCAACUGGUCCCCGUUGAUGGCGGAUGCGGGAUUCUACAUCCGUGCACAGGACCUGCUAACCGCGGCUCUCAAUAAAUCACCAAAACCCCCGAUCAUUGUUGAUGACAUUGUUGUAACGGAAUUGAAUCUGGGCUCGAUCCCUCCGGAUCUAGAAAUUUUAGAGAUUGGCGACCUUGCCGAGGAUCGAUUUCGCGGCAUCUUUAAAAUGUCAUAUUCUGGUGACGCCUUUCUUACUCUGAAAACCCGCGUUCAGGCCAAUCCAUUGAAUACAUUUCUAAUUACUCGCCCUGCCUAUGCCUCGCCUAAACCUCUUGCUGCAGCGUCCGGCUUAACCAUCCCCCUCCAAAUCACGCUUUCCGAUUUCAGACUUUCCGGUUUCGUUGUUCUGGUAUUUUCGAAACAAAAGGGAAUAACUGUCGUGUUCCGAAACGAUCCGCUCGAGUCUCUAAAAGUAUCUUCAACGUUUGAUUCAAUUCCCUCCGUCCGAGACUAUCUUCAGCGAGAAAUCGAAGGACAGCUGCGAAUACUCUUUAUGGACGAACUCCCCGCCAUCAUACAUAGACUGUCCUUGCGACUAUGGGUUCCCGAGUAUCGUGGUUUAGAAACUGAUGCAGCAGUCUCACCCGGAUCCGGAGAAGAUCCACUCCUGAGCCCGCCAAAAGAUCCAGUGGAUGCGUCGGGUAACCUAUUGACUUCCGCUGACCUUGCAUCUCUAUCCUUUGACUCAGGUGUCGAAAUGCAUUCCCUUUUCUCGCAGCAAAGCCUUUUACGACUUGCUGCACUAACAAACUCCCAACGCACACUAUCGCUCUUCACACCAUCAAUUCGGGAAGUCGUAUUUCGAGCAUGUACAGGAUUUGCCGAUCAAAACGAAGGCUUUGGCAGUGGCCUGGCUUCUCCAUGUGGCAUGGCUCUCUCCAGGUCGCAUUCUCAUAUCUCGUCUCCGUCAGCAUCCUUCCAGGACACCUCCAGUGUCCUAUCUCUUCAAAAUCGAUCAACAACAACUGGCACAUCGUUCAGCAGUUAUGGUCUUGGUCUAGGCGCUGGUCGCCAUCACAAAACUCGACCGACCAGAAAGAGAAAGAAGCGAGUUGUGGACUUGAGAAAGCAUAAUAAACCCACAGACUCGGAGAGUGUGGAUGGUGAAAGUGAAUUUACAGAAUCCACUGCUGCUUCAAUGACAUUCUCAUCUUCCGUGAUUCCAGAGGAAGCGAAUGAUGACCCCGUCACUCCGCCUACCUCACCCGAAGCCGCACUUCGAAUAUCUAAUCGCCAGCAUCGAUUCUCUACAUCAGAGGGCAAGGGUAAAAUGAAGACACCUGUUGCUCAGCAAUUAACUUAUGGUCAAUUGCGAAAUAAUAGUCCUCACUCCGAGCCUACAAGCAGUUUACCGCGCUACACUGAAACUUGCAAAACACCACCCCGACAAUCUCCGCCUAAUCCAGAAGCAUAUUCAGCUGCCCAGGAGAAAUCUUUUUUACACCAGCAACUUUCUGUUUCAGACUCCGCAUCACAGAGUAGCAUCCUAGGACAGGCGUGGGUGAUGAAAAUGGCAAAUGAAAUUGCUCGCCAGAUGCAAGAAAGCAAAUUUUCUGCGGACAACAACAAGUUUCAUGGCGCCUGGGAGCCGGCCCGAGCCCACACACCCCCACCGGCAUAUGGCCAGUAA